CAGUUUGCAGGUCGCAGCAGUUCGCAUUUCGCAGUCCGCAGUCCGGUAAAGUCAGGAAAAGACGACAAACGUCAGUGACGGAAUAUUUGUACGUGUAAUUGCGCGCUUUAGAUUUGACGUUUUAUUUAUUGCAAAUUGCAAUUUAAUUCCAAUUCGUGAAUUUAUAAAUACCCAUUGAUUCAAUUCAAUUAACUAACAACAGAUAAAAGUGCUUAGUGAAGUGCUAUCGACUUGGAAGUUGAAGUUGGCAUUGCGUGAGUGGUGUGAGAAAAGGCGCCGAAAAGUGUCGUCUAACCAGACAAUUUCAAUUGCAAAUAUAUACAUAAAUACAUAUACAAAAGAUAUUUGUGAAGAUUUCAAACACGUGUCUACAUAUUUGCGAAAUUACAGUUUUUGCAAAAGGUGUGUUUGUGCGUGCCGAUAAAUAAGUUAUAUCAAAAUAAAAAAAAGGUGGAAAAGUGAAAAAGAGACAUCGUUGUAGCAGUUCGCACAAAAAUUUCAAACAUUUCGUUCCACAAAAAUGUCUGUACCCGUUGCAAUCAAGACAGAGGAAGUCAUUUUGGAGAGCACCGAAUACAACAGCGCAGAGGAAUUGGACGAGGAACUACAAUUACAAUUAGAAGAUUCCGGAGGUGAAUACAUUCAGUACCAGGAGCAUCCGCCGCAGCGUCAGCGGCACUCUAGUUCCGGAAUGAAUGCGAGCAAUGCAACAACAAAGGGCAGUGGUGGCAUCACAGCAAACAGCAACCUUACCAAUAACGGCGGCAAUAAAAAUCUUCUGGAGAGUGAGAAGCGUAUGCGGCGCGAAAUCGCCAACAGCAACGAAAGACGACGAAUGCAGAGUAUCAAUGCCGGUUUUCAGAAUUUACGUUCGCUCCUACCACGCCACGAAGGCGACAAGUUGAGUAAGGCUGCGAUCUUACAACAAACCUCCCAAUACAUAUACGAACUGGAAAACCAAAAGACACAACUUUUGAACCAAAAUAGUCAAUUGAAGAGACAGCUUGGUUUACAUGAGUCGAAUACGUCGGGAGGGUCAGCUGGCGCUGCUGGGGAAGUCUCCACCCCGGGCAGUGGAGAAACAUUGAAUAGUGGCAAUGUAGCGAUAAAGAAACGCAAACUCACUGAUAACAUAAUCAACCUUCAGACGAUAAGUGACUCCUCCGAUGAAGGUCUUGGUUCAAUGUCACCAGAACCGACUACUCUCUUGAAUGCGGGUGGCGGUAAUGUCAACGCGAAAAGUCAAGUGAUUAUUGCACAUAAUAUUGCCACCUCCAAAGAAUUAAGCGAAAUGAAAAAGCAGCUGGAAAAAGAACGUCGAAUGCGCACCAUGCUGGAGGAAGAACUGCAAAUGAUAAAGCGACAGUUAUAUUCAGUGGCCACAGCACCUGCAGCUUCUACAUCCACAUACAUUCCACGGGAAGUGAUCGAGCACACAGACAAUUUGGUGCGCGAGUCGAUUGAGGAAUUGCCAUCGGGAGCUGUGUCGUACGUUGAAAUUGACGAAAUGACCGGUCAACGGCAGGUUGUUGUUUGUUCGAGUAUUGAAGAGCUGGAGAGCGAGGCUGCAGCGGCAGCAGCAGAAAUUAUCACUGAAGACAAUGUACAGGAAGAGGUUAUCCUUUCAUCCACAUCGUCCACCGAAUCUGAACAAGAAGUGAAUGCAAUCGCCAAGGCUUACGCUGAGGGUUCAUCUCCGUCAGCGGCUGUCCUGCAGCCAAUACUUCAGGCUGCCAUCAAGGCAACUCCAAAAGUGGAAGUGGAACGUAUACAGGAAAUAAUUAAAGUAAAAACAGAGAAAAUCGAUCAACCAAGUGGUUUAACGCGUUCGCGACAAAAUCUGGAAACUAUUGUCGAGGCGAUAAGGCACCUAGAAGGCGAUCAUCUCUUUGCUGACGGCAGUGAGCAAAAGUUGCAACAGCAUCAGCAAAAUCAAAGAGCACAGGAAGCCCCUCUAGCGCUAACAACAAAAGUUCAAAGAGCCACAUUGGCAGAAUUGAGUCCAUACCUACAAAUUAAAGGCAGCAAGCAAGUAACUAUUGUGCAGCAACCAAAUCAACAGAAGGACAGUAGUGGUGGAAGUAUCAUGCCCACCGCCAUUUACAAAGUGCAAACGACAGCGGCGGGAGCGAGUAAUAUAGGUACAGGCCAAGGUGCUCAACAGGUAACAAUCACAACGACGGCACUAAAGCAGGUCCGGCCAGGUGUCAUUGUUGCCAAGCAGCUGUCUUGAUUGCAUUCAACUGCAAAAGCGUCUAAGAUCGCAAAUAAAAAAACUACUGAUAUAGGAGUGAAUGAAAGUUCGGCUAACGCGUCACCAGAGGCAGGAGAAUUAGCAGUGUCCAAUGCAGUAGCAACUGAUUGUUUCCUGGGGAAAAAUGUAUUCAAAGAAAAAAGGUCACAAUUGGGAUCGUCGGUGAAGGUUGCAACCAAUCUAGUCACCAGACUGGUGGGCCUGAGCGUUAGACGUAAACUAGCUAAUCAAAGGUCGAAAAUCGUUUCAAAUGAAAAUAUGACCAACCCUUUUAAAAUAAAUGUAACAGUCGAUAAAAAAUUCGCCAGCAACAAAGAUAUCCAUAAUACUGCUAAGAUAAUUUCACAACCAUCAAAACCGGAAUCUUUAGAAAAAUGUACAAAGACUGCUCAUAAUACCAAAUUCGCCAUUGCAUCAACAAAGGCUACCAAUAAACUAUCCACUAUUGAUGUUUUGCCAACAGCUGGUCCCGCGGCAAAAUCUGUGAAAUGUAUUCGCUAUUUAACCUCUUCAAAUGGGAACUCUGCUGCUGUCAAUGUAAAAGCAACUGCAACUACUCCUACAUUAAUUACAAAUGCUACUACUACUACUACUUUAAAUAUAAAAUAGUAAUAAACAUAAUAAUUGUAACAAUAAGUUUAGUUCUUGUAAUAUUUAACAUACUUAAGUUAAUGAAACGUCAGCAAGGUCGAAAAUCUUAUUGUUAAAAUGCUAAAAACCACAUAAAAUCAUAAAAAUAUACUAUACGAGUAAAUGCAAAUGCAAGAAUAAAUACCUACCCGAAAUCUAGCAAAGAUACAGGGAAUAAACGAAAUUGAUUAGUCGUUCGUGCGAAACGUUUUAUUAGUCAAUAAACCACACACACAUAUACCAUAUAAUUGAAGGAUAUAUAAAUACUUAUAAGUAUAUGUAUAUAACUACAUACAUACAUAUAUAGUACUAUUCGAACGAAAAGCAAAAUAUUAGUUUAUUGUGUAUGGAAUUUAAACCAAACUUAAUUAUAUUUCGCUUAGCUAUGUAUAGUCCCGAAUUGCGAAUGAAUUCCUAAUCACAUUCAAACCCAACUUCACCAUGAAUGCCGUAACCGUAAAUUCAUUCUGAAACUUUGACGUACCAAUUGCAACAUUUCUACGCUUAGAGUUAGUAUACGCCAUUUCAUGCAUUCAUAAUAUUUAAUUUUAUUUCAAACAAAAAAUAAAAUAAAAUCUGUCUGCCAGAUUUUAAAUGUAGCUUAUACAAAUAGACUUUCUUCAUACGUUCACAUGUAUAUAUACAUACAUAUAUUUGUUUUAAGUGAAUUGAUCAGCAAAUUUAAGACUAUUAUAAUUGAAGGUUGUUUUGCGGAAGUUAAACUAAGUUUAACCUCAUAUUAUGAUAGCCUUAUUAGAAAUUUGUUAGAUGACUUAUAAUUUUGAAAACUUAUUUAGCGAAAAAAUGAAAUCACAAAAUAUGACUUAGGAAAAAUUGUAUUUAGAUAAAUUGUUACAUAAAUAUUUCAAAGAUUUAUAAACUUGUGUGAAAUCUAAGAGGGUAUGUGAGCAAUGAGAACCGAUUGCAAGAUUUAGCAAGCACAUAGUAAUGUAUAAUGCCUAAAUUUCUAGGUUGGCUUCAGUCUUACAUAUCAAUGCUCUAAAUUUUUCUUCAAGUGUAUUAUCUGGAAUUUUCUUGAUUUUUUAUGCAGAAGCAUAUAACAAUGAGCAUUGUAUAUGAGAAAUUAUGGAAAUAAAAAUCAAAUAUUCAUUCCGAUUUAAAAAAAAAAUUAAACACGUCGUUGCGCUGCGGCGAAAACUUUAGAAAGUCUCUUUGUGUGAACUACAAACCACUGGCUAUUACAUCCUUUAAAACUACAGACUAACUCUAUCCUCUUUGACUAUAUGCGUACUAUAUCUUACAUUACAAAAGCAAUAUACAAAUAAUCACUAACAAAAAAAUAAUAUCAAAGUACAAAGAAAUAGAUACAUACAUACGUAUAUACAAUAAAUUGCAUUUGCAUUCACGAUAUGUUAAAUAUAAAUUUUUAUUCCAAAAUCCAUUCAUUUAAAUUACAUACAUAUAUUGAAAGUAUAAAGGAUCACUUUGUAAUCCUAUAGUGGGCCCACAUAUGAAUAAAUAUGCUAUUAUUUUUAUAAAACAAAAAUUUAUUUUAGUACUAAGCACUCAGUACCAUCGCAUUAGUUAAGUUACCGCAUGUGUGUAUCCGCUCCAGACUAAUACCUGGCAUAUGAAGUUUACAAAUAUUUUUUGUAAAUCUCUUAAAAAAGAAAAUUUCGUCGAUAAUGGUAAUGCUUUUAGUGUUUAUUAGUUACCCUAGACUGCAUCCAUGCUUCACUUGUCUCGGUUUAAACAUUCAAAAUGUUCUUUAAAACAAUCCAUUAUCAAAAAAAUACAAAAUAAUAACUAAUAUAAAUAUAUUAGACCUUGCGAAGUGUGAAAGGUUAUGUGGAGAGAAGAGUUAUAUAUGCCUUUAAAUUUAAGUUAAUUGGUUUUCGUUUAUCUUUAUGUUUUGUUGACUGUUUGUAUAAAAAUAACUAUCAAAAUUUAUAAACAAAUUAAAAAAAUAUUUGUAUGAAUAUAUAUAACUUCGUAUAAAAAACAGUAUAUACAUACAUACAUAUUAUAUAGGGGUUAUGUAAGAUUUAUGUGUAUAAUUUUAUGCUAAUUUUUUAGCUUGAAGCGAAAGUAUGAAAAAUAAAUGAAUUAUUUUAUUUUCUUCA